AUGGCGUCGAAAGAAGGAAACUACUUCUGCAGUAAAAGCGCCACGACUUCUUCUUCUUUCAGAAUCAGCGCUACUCACGACGUUUCGGACGAUUCCACGAAGUGCAUCGACGUCGUAGACCAAUCGGCGACGAUAUUUCGAAAAAACCAUUCGAAAUACCGCAAAAUAGAAGAAGUGGACUUAUUUAACAAAUGUUGCCCGCCGAAUUAUUUCUACAACACCGAGAAACGUUCCUGCGCCAAUUCCUCGAACAGAACCAACAUUUUCGGGCAAAACAUCGUCAAAAUCGGUUUACCCCAAUGCGAAAUAAUAUCAGAUCUAACAGUCGAUCUGAAAACCGACGUUGUUUGGGACGAUUUCAACGUUGUAAUUUUAAAAACCGGCGAAAUGUUUACGAAAAAUCAGUUUUGCUUGGACGAAACUACGAUCGGCCGAGGCGUAGUCAGGAUUUGCAGGAACUCGAGGUUUUGUAAGACGGUUAAAUGCGUGAGAAAAUGUUGUCCCGACGGUAAAAGUUUCGUUAACGGGUCUCAUUGCGAAGAUACUUUCGUUAACGGUAUACAGUUCGAUAAAUUCGAAACGUUUCUAGGAAAAACUGAAGAUGAUAUAGCGAUUAUACACGGCUACCCGGUAGGAAAAGUAUACAGGGAGUUGGAUAUAUCGCCAUUUUAUUUGGACGAAAAAGGGAAUUUUCACGAUACGAAAACGGAUUCUAUAUUUCCUUUGAAGGAACAACCUUAUUGUCUGGAACACGCCACGAAAAACGGAAUAAAUUUCGGUUCGGUUUAUUUUGGAUUUUUUAUAAGCGAUAAUCCGCCGUUGGCUACGAAAUUUCUGUGGAAUCGAGCCGCCAUGAUUGUAUCUGGAGUGUUUUUGUUGUUGACCAUAUUUUUUUAUGUUGUUUCGAAUGAAACGAGAAAAGUUUUUGGUAAAACCUUAGUUUGUUUUUGUUGUUCUUUGUUAUUUCUUUAUACAGCCCUCGUAUAUCAUACCUUCAAGACGAAUCUUCAUUACAAACCGACAAAAACGCUUUGCAAAUUCAUAGGUUUUGCUAUAAUUUACCUCGGAUAUUGUAGCUUCGUUUGGUUACAAGUCAUAUGUUAUGAUAUUUACUGUACGUUUGGGUCCUCGAAUAGACAAUUGAUAAAAAUAGAAAAACAAAAAAGGAAUUUCGUGAAAUUUUUAUAUUACAAUAUAUACGGAUGGGGAGUGCCUUUUUUAUAUACAUCUUUUUUAGUAUUUGUCUAUGAAACUGAUUCCUUACCGGAACCGAUAAAAAUAGACAUGGCCGUCACUAAAUGCGCCAUAGAAAAAGGAAACUACGCAGAAAUUGUUUUCAGAGCCAUUCCAUUGACAAUAAUUCAAAUAUUAAAUUUGGUUUUUUUCACAAAAACCGUUAUGUACGUUUUGGCGGUCAAAAGAGAAAUCAAAAAAAUGGUAGAAACCCCUUCGACGUUAAAAAAGAAGAAGAAAUUCUUCAAGAAGAAAGCAAAGUUUCGUCUAGUGGUUAAACUGUCAUUUUCAAUGGGGGUUUUAUAUUUAUUUGAGGUUAUAUCAUCUUUUUUUGAUUUCAAUGAUUACGAAGCCACUGCUAUUCUAGAAAUAAUAUGGGAUUUUAUAGAUUGCUUACAAGGUUUGUUUAUAUUUAUUAUUUUCGUUUGUAAGAAAAGAAACUACAUCAGGUUAAAGAAAUCCAGCGCCGUGGAAAGAAUAAGAAAAAUAUCCUCGACAACAUCAAGAAAAACCAGCAUAAUUAACAACAUAGCGAAUAUUAACAAUCCAUAGCAUACUUAUUCAAUAAAAGUUUUUUCAACUG